CUUGCCGGUGGGGGGCGCGCCGUGACGUGCAGGGGAGCGAGUGGGAGCCGCGCUUCAGGCUGAGCUCCUGUUUCUUAGCUGCCUCAGUUUCUCUGGGAAUGACAGGUGAACGCACCGGGCUAGGACCCUAACGAGAAGGAAAACGGGUUGGGAGGUGGGCCCGGGUGGCUGCCUGGCGGAGGCGAUGCCUGCACAAAGUGGGAGGGGCUUCUCUAGCUCCGCCCCUGGAUCCCGCCCCCGCCCCCGAUCUCUCAGCCCCAGCGGUCUGUCCCGCGCGCUGUUGCCAGUGCCGCCGGCUCCCGGCUAUGGACUCCCCCGGGGCCCCGGGCCCGGACCCGGGCAGGAAGGAGCUGAAGAUUGUGAUCGUGGGUGACGGCGGCUGCGGCAAGACAUCAUUGCUCAUGGUGUACAGCCAGGGCUCCUUCCCUGAGCACUACGCCCCAUCCGUGUUCGAGAAGUACACGGCCAGAGUGAAUGUGGGCAGCAAGGAGGUGACCCUGAACCUAUACGAUACCGCUGGGCAGGAAGAUUAUGACCGGCUGCGACCCCUGUCCUACCAGAACACCCACCUCGUGCUCAUCUGCUAUGACGUCAUGAACCCCACCAGCUAUGAAAACGUCCUCAUCAAGUGGUUCCCUGAGGUCACACAUUUCUGCCGUGGGACCCCCACGGUGCUCAUUGGCUGCAAGACAGACCUGAGGAAGGACAAGGAGCAGCUGCGGAAGCUCAGGGCAGCCCAGCUGGAGCCCAUCACCUACAUGCAGGGUCAGAGCGCCUGCGAACAGAUCCGAGCCGCCCUCUACCUAGAAUGUUCUGCCAAGUUUCGGGAGAAUGUGGAGGACGUUUUCCGAGAGGCCGCCAAGGUUGCCCUCAGUGCUCUGAAGAAAGCACAGCGGCAGAAACAACACCGGUUGUGCCUGCUGCUCUGACCCCUCUGGGUAGGGCACAAAGCCCUCAGGGCAAGACUGACAGGGGCCAGGCCACCAGCCCCGGAUUAUACCCCGAGAUCCUGCCCCAUCCCCAGCGUUCCAAGGGCACCUGGAGGUGGGUGUCUCCUUGUGUCUGGAGCCUCUGGUUAGACUCUUAGAACAUUCUGGAGAUCUCUUAUUUCCCAGCUGCGGCUCUGACCACGAACUCACCUUUGGGUUCACACUGGAGCUGUGGCCCGCAUGGAGGUGGGUGAGGGUGCUGGACUCAGUCCCUCUGUACCUGGAACCGGCAUAUGUCCCCAGGACUCAGGAGUACGUGGCCUCCCCCCAGCCACGUGGAUCCCCCUUUGCACACCCAAUAGGUCCUCAAAACCUAUACUUAAAACAAAGAACUACAUCUGGUACGUGGAUAAGUGUGGAUUCGUCAGCGUUCCACACGGCCCCCCCCAAGACCGCUGCUCCCACGUCACCCGCCUCCCUGGGCUCUGGAGAUAGGCACGGCUGCACUCUCCAGCUCCUCACUUCCUUCCUCCAGGAGCUCGGGGACCACGAUGGGAUAGGGGCCUAUCGGGACAACACAGGCACCAGCCCCGGACACGGGGGCCAACAGCGGCCCCGGCCCCCCCCCCCCCCCCCCCCGAGGACUCCAGUCUCAGCCUUUGGCUGGGCCACCAUCUUUGCAGAGCCGGCACACAUGCCCAAGGGGGACAAGAAACUCUCUCAAAAAGCAAAAAGUACCCUGGACCACACAUCCAACCCCUGCUCAGGGGCUCCUCACCUGCAACCCCCCAGUGCCAGGAACUUGAGAUGAAAGUGACAUUGGCUCCGAGUGACCUUGGGCAAGUCACUCCUCUCUGUGGACUAUCUCCCUAUCUGCAAAAGGACGGCACUGGCUCAUUUUAAUAGUCAUCAAGUUUCCUCUGUCCCUCACAGCCUCCACUUCUGCCAGGAUGUGGAGUUCUGGAGCUGAGACCCCCUUGACCUCCUGUGAAAACACACUUAACCCCCAGCUGCAGAUCCACUGAACCUCCUCCUGGAAGGUCUGCAGUCACUUCCGGGAGCUUUUAAACAAGUGCCCCAGGUGAUUCUAAUGCCCCACAGAUUGAGAGCUGCUUGCUUCCUGAGUGAGCCAGGAGUCAGCCUUACUGAACGCGGCAUAACGGCUUCAGGUGCCUCCUGCCCUCCCCGGGAUCUCCUGCCUCAGCCCCACUAAGCCUGAGCCUCUCUGAAGUCAAUUGCUAGGGAAAGAGACUUCUGUAUUCCACCCACCUCACACAGGUUCCCCAAGGCCCUGCCAUGACCUGGGGAGUCAAGAGCGUCGUCAAUCCAAGGCCUCAUGGACAAAUGAUAAAUGAUAUAGGACGGAGGUCCACAAACCGUACAGUCUGUGGACCAAAUCUGGCAGCUGCCUGUUUUUGUAAAUAAAGUUUUGUUGGGACACA